GGAUAUUGUACCCGUCCAUUCCAAAAAAUCUGUUACUCCUGUAACGACCAGCUGAUGAUUGCUUGUCUUCCAACAUACAGGUAAAUCUAUUAUUCGUGAUCAAAUCGUGUCUGCACUUUCGCAACACUCCCUACGCUGCUGUUGGUUGCUGACAUUAUAUAAGGCUGUGUACGAUAUUCACUUAUGGAAAAAGAACAUCGUGAUAUUAUUAGGAAGCUACGCGUUUAUUUUGUGAAGAAUAUUACUAAUUUAGAAGAGAUCCUUGAUUUACUUGAAUCAACAAUGAUUAUUACAGAAAAUCAGCGACAUUCAGUACUUUGUGGAACAACAGUUGCUGAAAAAAUACGUAAAUUUCUAGAUGUCAUAGUUAGAUGUGGUCCGCUAGCAUAUAGCAAGUUCAAAGAUGCCCUUCUAGAAACCAAUCAGAAAGAUAUAUAUGAAGUAAUGAACAAGGCAGAGGAAAAGGAUUUUCCGACCACGAAAGAAGGUUCAGCAAAAGGUUCAUUUGACCAAAGAAAUGAUAAUAUUAUGAUCCCAGACAGAGUCAGCUCACAUCCCUUAACACCUUACACUGUAACUUCUUCCCCACAUGGUUACGUCCUCAUAAUAAAUAUAGAACAAUAUACAUGCGAGUCUGGAGUACCUAGUCGCCAUGGUUCAUCACAAGAUGCAACCAAACUUCAGCGACUUUUCGAAGACUUCCAUUAUAGUGUUGCUGUCGUUAAAAACCCUGAAGGUGAAAAGCUGAAGAGAAUAGUACAAGAAUUCACCAGCAAAUCAGAGCAUAGUAAUGUCCAUGCUGGAGUUCUUAUCAUCCUCGCGCAUGGGUUGGAACAUCAUAUAAUAGCCAGCGAUGGUGUUUAUGUUAGCAUUGAUGAACUAGUUAGUUGUUUCACUAACAAAGGGUGUCCUCUGUUGGCUGGAAAACCCAAACUUAUACUCAUACAAGCUUGUCGAGGUGAAGAACGCAGUCACAGUGGUCUCGUGAGAGGUGACUUCUCAGACUCUUUGUUGCCGAAUUCUUGUGAAAUUUCACUAGAUCCUAGUUCUUGGUUAUCGCUGCCACAUAUGAGUGACUGUGUAAUCGUGUAUUCCACCUUACCUGGAUUUGUAUCUUGGAGAUCAGAGACGGAGGGUAGUUGGUAUGUCAAAGUGUUUGUGGACGUAGUUACGCUGCAUGGUCACAGACUUCAUAUUCUUGAACUUUUAACGGAAGUUAACAACAGACUUGUUUUAGAGGCACCAGAGUGUGGCAUCAAACAAAUAUCACAACCAGUGACAACACUCACGAAGCCUUUUUACUUAUCCACUCUGAAAAGCUGAUUAUGUACAUAAUGUUUUGCUACUGUUAAUAAAAUGUGUGCUGAACUGCUACG